GUCACGUCUGGCCCCGCCCCCAGCAUGGAGGCGGAUCCCUUUCCGCCUCCAGUCUGGGGACUGCUGGUUCCGCCAAGGGCCUACUAGCGGCUUCUGUGCUGCGGUCACAGCCUGAGCUACGCUCCUGCAGUGGCUUAGGCGAAGAUGGCAGCCACUCUGCAACGCGUCGAGCGACUGUCCCAUCGGGUGGUGCGCGUCCUGGGUUGUAACCCGGGUCCCAUGACUCUGCAAGGCACCAACACCUAUCUGAUAGGGACCGGCCCCAGGAGGAUCCUCAUUGACACUGGAGAACCAGCUAUUCCAGAAUAUAUGACCUGUUUAAAGCAGGCUUUGAACGAAUUCAACACAGCAAUCCAGGAAAUCAUAGUGACUCAUUGGCAUCCUGAUCAUACUGGAGGCAUAAGGGAUAUUUGUAAAAACAUUAAGAAUGAUACCACAUAUUGCAUUAAAAAGCUCCCACGGAACCCUCAGAGAGAAGAAAUUAUAGGAGAUGGAGAGCAACAAUACGUUUAUCUAAAAGAUGGAGAUGUGGUUAAGACUGAGGGUGCCAGUCUAAGAGUUAUAUACACACCUGGCCACACUGAUGAUCAUAUGGCUCUGCUUUUAGAGGAGGAAAAUGCUCUCUUUUCUGGAGAUUGCAUCCUAGGGGAAGGAACAGCUGUAUUUGAAGACCUCUAUGAUUAUAUGAACUCUCUAAAAAAGUUAUUGACAAUCAAAGCUAAUAUUAUAUAUCCAGGACAUGGCCCAGUAAUCCAUGAUGCUGAAGCUAAAAUUCAAGAAUACAUUUCUCACAGAAAUAUUCGAGAAAAGCAAAUUCUUACAGUAUUACGUGAUAAUUCCGAAAAAUCAUUUACAGUAACAGAGCUUGUAAAAAUUAUUUACCAGAAUAUUUCUGAGUCUUUACAUAAAAUGGCUGAACAUAAUCUCUUGCUUCAUUUGAAAAAAUUAGAAAAAGAAGGAAUGAUAUUUAGCAACACAGAUCCUGACAAGAAAUGGAAAGCUCAUCUUUAGUUUCAGAUUAACGGAAAUUUCAUUGUUUGGUUUUGCUUUGUUUUCAGAGAAUGGUAUGUUCUCUUACCUAUUACUUACAGAGAAUAUAAGUAUAUAACAUUGAAAAUAACCCUUGAUAUAAUUUAAAAUAAUGCCAUCUUUUUUCUCAAAUAUAUAACUUACAUUUUACAGCUAUAAUGUAGAAUAUUUUAUCUAACCUAGCUCUUACAAUAUUUUACCAAAUAUUCAGGAUCCAACAGUUUAUCCACUUCCAUCCAGUCCAUUAAGUAAAAUGAUUAGUUUAAAAAUAAUACAAUUUAUAUAAUUUAAACUAGAUAUUAUUCUUUGAGAUUGGCUCUCUAUUACCAGUGGCCAAAAUACUUCUCUAGCUGCUUCAGUAACAGCACAGAUUUCUAUGUUAUCCUUCUUUUCUGCAACCCUCUUCUGUAUCUACAGAUAAUAGCUUUGUUUUCAUGUUUGUAUUAAUUAUAUCAUGAUUAUGUAUCAGUUCUGUAACUCUUUAUUAUGUUUAUUUUCUUACGUUGGUAUUCUACAAAUGAUUCAUACACAUCAACUUUUGAUAAUUAAAAAAUAUUAUACUCCCA